AUGAAAAAGGAUAAAUUAAAAAAAGAUGAUUAAAUUUUGUAAAUUUUAAUAAGGCUUUAUACAUCAGAAAAUGAAGACAAUGUUAUUUAAAUGCUUUAUAAUUGUAGAAUAAAUCCAAAUUAUAAUUAAAACGAAUAUUAAUAAAGAGAUGAUUUAUUAUUUUAUUUACCAUAAUUAUGCAAUUACAUGGUUUUCCAUGAAGAAUUAUAAAACGAAUAAAUGAUAGAAUUUGUAAGGAUUGCGGGAAAAAUAGAUUUUUUUUUUGCACAUUAAUUAUAUUUUUAUAUGAGAUCAGUUGCGUAAAUUAUAAGCAAAAACGAUAUAUAAACUUUUCCUCUGUAAAUAAAAUUUUAAUUUAAUAAUAAAUAUUAAAAAAUAAAUAAAAAAAUAACAAUUAAAAAAAACAAUAAAAUGGUAUUAAUAAUAUUAUUAAAGUUAUAUAAAAAAAACAAAAAAAACAACAACAACAACAAAAAUAUUGUUUUUUAAAUUUAAAAAUAAAAAAUUAAUAUUUUUUUUAUAUUUUUUUUUUUAAAAAAAAAAAAAAUAGAAUAAAAAAUACACUCAAAUAAUUAAGUGAUUAACACCCCCGAAGCACUUUUAAUCUAAGAAACAAUUUCAAAAUACGGUACACAAUAUGAAGACCAAAUUCCUUAAAUAGAUUAUUAAAAGCUUAAAUACUCAGAGAUAAAACUCUAAUAUUAUAAAAAGCAAAUUCUACCCGAAAAUACUACAUAAGAUUAAAAUCAAGAAAAAUAUCCAACGAGUGCAUUUUUUUCAAAUAUUUAUUUUUUUGACGACCUAAUAGCAAUUCCAGAAAAACUAAAAAAUACUGAAUUAAAACUAAAAACAUUAAUUGAAAAUAUCUAAAAAAUAAAUGAAAGCCUUCCUGCAGCAGUAUACAUUCCAUUUUUUACACAUUAAAUAAGGAAUUAUGUAGUCUUGAAUAUAGUAGGCUCCGAAAGUAAAGUUUAUUCCACAAAAGAAAGAUCUCCUUAUUAUAUUUGUGUAGAAAUUUAUAGACCAGAACUUGAAGAUUUAACUUUUAGAAAUGUUGAUAAUUAACUUUCUUAAAAAAAAACUGUUUAAUAAUAUUAUCUAGACCAUAAAUAAUAAGAAAAAAUAAAAUAAUAAUAAUAACCAAACAAUUCAUUAGAAAAAUAAAAAAAACUAUAUCCUGAAUAAAAAACACUCCUUUAAUAUAUCAAUUAAUAAUAAUAGUAAUAAUAAGAAGAAAAUAAUUUAAUAAACGGAGUAUCUUGUUUAUACAGUAGUCUAAAUAUAAGCAUUUCAGAUGAAAAAUAAUAAGAAAUAUAUGAAUAAAUAAAAGAUUUAUAAAACAAUUAAUAUAAAACUAGUUUUGGAGAGGAUAAAAUCUUCCCAACAAAUAAAGGAAAUAAUAAUUUGCCUUUUAUGAUAUUUGCGAAAAGUCUUUUUGGAGAAGAGGAGUAACAUUAGGAAAAAAGAAUAAAAAAAAAUCUCCUUUUAGUCAUUUAAGGACUUGGAAAUUGGUUCACUUGA